AUGUGCAAGCACGUCUUAAAUGCUCAAGUUGCGAUCCGCUCGCCAUGCUGUAAAAAAUGGUUUGACUGCGCAGAGUGCCACCACGAGCAGGAGUCGCACCAGCUGCUGCAGAGCUUGGAGAUGACGUUCGCCUGCAAGAAGUGCAAGAAGUGCUUCCGCAAGGACGCCCAGGAGUUCGAAGAGGCCGACGAAUACUGCCCCCACUGCGAUAACCACUUCGUCAUCGAUGCCGUCGUGCCGAAGCCCGCUUUAACGGUCGAAGGCGAGGAUGCGGAUGGAUAA